GUUCAGUUAAGAUACUUCCAAUUAAAUCAAAUCAAUAUGAAAUUUUUAAUUCUUGUAGCAGCUAUCGUUCUGAUUGAUAUUGUUUCUGCUGUAGAAGAUUGUCACUUUGAAAAAUUAAAAUUAACCGAUGACCAAAUACUCAAGCUGGAACGUGGUCAAUUAACUGAUGCUAGUGAAGAUAUAAUGUGUUUCAUAGAAUGUGAUAUGGAAAAGGCUGGAUUGAUAAAAAAUGGAAAACUUCAGGAAGAUGCAGCUAUAGAAAAAUUUACAGCUAAAGUUGGCAAAGAAAAUGCAGAGAAAAUUCUAAAAUCGUGUCGUGGUGAAAUUGGAUCUACGAAUUGUGAAACUGCUUUCCGUUUGAGUAAUUGUUUUUCACCGGCGUUAAUUGAGUUGUUACAGAAGAAGGUUUGAUCGCUGGAAAAGG